CGCACUACGGAAUUCGCAGUUUUGCAACUAGCUAAGCAGUUUGGCGAUUUGUCUGAUUUUCAUUUUCCUGUGCAUAAAGCUGGUGAUCUGCAGGGGUCUACUGUUGGUUAUUGUUUUAUAACGUACAAGUCAGUGGAUGAUGCUAAAAAAGCUUGGAAAGCGUUGGAUGGUUUGGAUUUUCAUGGAUACACUUUGGUUGCGAGGCCGGCUCGACCAACUCGAGAUGAAUUGAUAGUUGCACAACGUGCUUCGGACGAGGUUACAAAGCUUCGAAUAAUCGAGGAAGCCAAACAACGUGAAGCGCAAUUAGCUACUGUAAUGGAUGUAUGUGAUUCAACAAUUAUCACAUCUGGUCAUGUUGAAAAAUGCUUGGAUAGAGCUACCUGUGAUGAACAUCCUAUCCAGUGUUGCAUGAAAUUGUGGGCUGAAUGUAGCCGGAUGAACUAUUUUCGCCGUAGGCUAAG